CAUGAAUGAGAGUGUGAGUGAGAAAGCCUUAGUAUAGUGUUCUUAGUAUAGUGUUAAUUUUCAUGCCAUGAAAGCUGUUUUAAAAACAUGGACAUUGCUUUGAUGUUAGCUUGCAUGGACAUGAACAGUCAUCAAUGUAAAAUAAGUUUAUAAAAUUAUUAGUGUUAAACCAAACCCCUCUCCAACACCAAUUUCCACAUUUUAUUCCUCUUACAUAAGUCUUAAAUAAGUCUCAUAUAGCCUUAACUCUUUGAAACAAGAACAUAACUCUGUAUCUAAGCCAAAUGUAUUGAUAAGCAGGAGAAACUGGGUUUAAAUGCAUGUCUGAUACCCUCUAGAGGAGCCACUCACAUUUCAGGAUUCAAAUGGGAGGAGCAAUUGUGAACCAAAUAAAGCUGGAGUUAAUGUUCAGUGUGCUUGACUACACACAGAGGAGCUAACCAUGAGCUUUCUGUUUCAAAUCUUGCUUGCUCUUUUUACCUCUCUGCUGGGGGGCCUCUAUCUCCUGGGAGCUUUCCGUCGGAGGAGGCCAGGGGAACCCCCACUGGAUAAAGGCCCUCUGCCCUGGCUGGGACACGUGUUGGAGUUCAGGAGAGACACAGCAAAGUUUCUGGAGAGGAUGAAACACAAGCACGGGGAUAUUUUCACAGUGCAGCUGGGAGGAUUUUAUUACACAUUCCUGACAGAUCCUCACUCAUUUGGGUCAGUGGUCAAAGAGGCACGAGCAAAACUAGACUUCAAUAAGUUUGCAAGACAUCUGGUUCAGCGCGUGUUCGGAUACCAUCCCACAGAAGAAGAACACAAGUUAAUUCAGGCAUCCAGCAAUAAGCAUCUGAUGGGUGACGGGUUGGUUCUGAUCACUCAGGCCAUGAUGACCAAUCUCCAGAACCUGAUGCUCCAUAACAUGGGUGCUGGGGAUUAUGAGAAACCCUGGCAGGAGGCAGAGCUCUUCAACUACAGCUACAACAUUGUUUUUCGCGCUGGUUACCUGUCCUUGUUUGGAAAUGAGAAUGUCAAAACCUCAGGAAGUUUGGACAAAGCCAAGAAAAUUGACCGGACUCACUCAGAUGAGCUCUUUGUUGAGUUUCGCAAAUAUGACCAGCUCUUCCCCAACCUGGCAUACGGCGUGCUGGGGCCAAGCAGUAAGAGGGAGGCUGAGAGGCUGAAAAAGCUAUUCUGGAAAAUUCUGUCAGUGCAGAAGGUGAAGUCCAGACAGAACAUCAGUGACUGGGUGAAUGAGUCGCAGCAGGAGAGGGCUGAACUCGGAAUGGAGGACUUCAUGCUGGACCGACACAUGCUCCUUCUCCUGUGGGCGUCCCAGGGUAACACAGGCCCUGCCUCUUUCUGGCUACUCCUGUUCCUCAUGAAGCACCCUGACGCUAUGGAGGCCGUGAGAGGAGAGGUGGAGGAGGUUCUCCGUGAAACAGGACAGGAGGUGAAGCGUGGUGGGCCGCUGAUUAACCUGACCAGGGACAUGCUGCAGAGAACCCCCAUUCUGGACAGUGCGGUGGAGGAGACCCUCCGCAUGACAGCUGCCCCUGUGCUCACCAGAGCCGUCCUGGAAGACAUGACCCUGAACAUGGCCAACGGACAGCAGUACAACAUCCGCAUGGGUGACAGAGUGUCACUGUUUCCCUACACCACAGUUCAGAUGGACCCAGAGAUACACACUGACCCACACACCUUCAAGUAUGACCGCUUCCUUACUCCAGAGGGGGGCAAAAAGACUGAUUUCUAUAAAGGUGGGAAGAAGGUCAAGUAUUACACCAUGCCCUGGGGUGCUGGUGUCAGCAUGUGCCCUGGAAGGUUCUUUGCUACGAAUGAGCUGAAACAGUUUGUUUUCCUUAUGAUUACAUACUUUGACUUUGAGCUUAAAAACCCAGAGGAGGAGAUUCCAGAUAUAGAUAUUAAGAGAUGGGGGUUUGGAACCAUGCAGCCAACCAAGGACAUGCAGUUCAGAUACAGGCUUAGAUUUUAGGCUGAAUUAAUCCUUUGUGUAAUUUUUCAGCACUUUGUAAAGGCUUUGAAUUUUAAUUCCAUUUACAAAUAUUAUCUUACACGAAAACUGAAGGAACAAUAUUGAUCUGUAUUAUGAUUUAGGUAACAUGUAGAUUGGGAGAAAAGGCAAAGUUUUGCAAAAGAAAAUAUGAAGUGGGUAUACGCUGGGAGCUGGCUGUUAUCUGUUUUC